ACGUUCCUCCGCACCAUAGUUACGUAGCACGUGAUGUCACGCCCCGCCCGCAGCCAUGCGUACUGAGCUUGUUAUCGGGUCGCUUGUUAUGACUGGAGAAGGCCUCGGACUCAAUUAAAACUUAUCCCCGGGACAGCCGCAUGCUCAUGGAGGGCAUGGACAUAGACCUGGAUCCGGAGCUCAUGCAAAAAUUCAGCUGCAUGGGCACCACGGAUAAAGAUGUCCUCAUCUCGGAGUUCCAGAGGCUGCUGGGCUUUCAGCUCAACCCGGCGGGCUGCGCCUUCUUCCUGGACAUGACCAACUGGAACCUACAAGCAGCUAUUGGUGCGUAUUAUGACUUUGAGAGUCCAAAUAUCAACACGCCGUCAAUGUCUUUUGUGGAAGAUGUGACGAUUGGAGAGGGGGAGUCCGUUCCUCCAGACACACAGUUCACAAAGACAUGGAGGAUACAGAACACAGGUACAGAGUCGUGGCCCCCAGGUGUGUGUCUGAAGUAUGUUGGCGGGGAUCAGUUUGGUCAUGUGAACAUGGUAAUGGUGCGUUCUCUGGACCCACAGGAUAUCUCAGACGUGAGCGUGCAGAUGCGCAGUCCGGCCAUUCCUGGCAUGUACCAGGGCCAGUGGAGAAUGUGCACUGCCACCGGACUCUUCUACGGAGAUGUGAUCUGGGUGAUCUUGAGUGUGGAAGAAGGAGGCCUGCUGGGCGUCACACAGCAGUUAUCCUCCUUCGAGACAGAGUUCAACACGCAGCCACACCGCAGUCUGGAGGGAGAUUUCAACCCUUUCGCCUCACCACAGAAGAACAAGCAGGACACCAAUGAGGAUAAUCUAAAAGACCCCGGGGGCCACUGGGAGGCCCCUCUGGACUCCAUUCAGCAAGAUCAAAAUGGACUCAAUCACAGCUCUGUAAAUAUUACACCAAAUGGUCUCCAAAACAACUUAUCAGUAGUGACUUACAGCCAGGGCAUUAAUGGACCCUUCCCGUUCGGACAGUCUUAAGAUACAGAAACCACCCGGUAGCUCAUCAGAGCUGCUGCUUUUGCCCUUUUCCAGGGUUCAGUGAGAGGAGGAAGAGAUUUACUCUAAAGACUUGGUGACCCUUCCUCUCCCCCGACGCACCAGAACAUCACAUAAAUGUGUGGACAAAUCUGUUUGGCUCCAAAUCAAUAUUGAACCAACACCUGAGUUACGCAUGUGUGAAUGCUAGAUUUAGAUGAGUGCUAGAAAUUCUAAAGAGAUAUAAUGAAAAA